AUGUCAGCGCCCGGCGCUAGGUCGCACAAUGAGGCACUCUCGCUGGCGUCUCGAGCCGUGCACGCUGAUGAUCAUAUCUCUGCGCACAGGGCCGUCGCCCCAGCCAUGCACGUCAGUACGACGUUUCGGUAUAAUAAUGACCCAAAGAGGCUGAUACCGUUGGAUUAUACUGAUCCCACCGCGCCCCUCGACUCUCAUGUCUACUCCCGCAUCACCAACCCCAGCACUACCCGUCUCGAAGCUGUCCUCACCUCUCUCCUCGGUGGUCCCGCCGUCACUUACUCAUCCGGCUUAUCCGCCUUCCACGCCCUCCUCAUCCACCUGAACCCGCGCCGCAUCGCCAUCACCGGCGGCUACCACGGCUGCCACAGUGUCGUCGCCCUAUUGUCCCGCCUCACCGGCCUGCAGCAGUUGCCUCUCGACUGCGACGCCUCUGAACUGCAGCCCGGCGACGUCAUCCACGUCGAGACACCGCUCAACCCCACUGGCGAGGCUGUCGACCUGGCCUUCUACGCCGAGAAGGCGCGCCUCGCAGGCGCGUACCUCACCGUAGACGCGACUUUUGGCCCACCGCCUCUGCAGGACCCAUUCGCUCAGGGCGCUGACUUUGUCAUGCAUAGCGGCACCAAGUACUUCGGCGGUCACUCAGACAUGCUGUGCGGCGUGCUGGCGGUACACCCGCGGCACGCGGACGAGUGUAGCGAGCGGAUGCCGGCGCUGCUGCACGAUCGCAUGGCCGUCGGUUCCGUAAUGGGCAGCCUCGAGGGCUGGCUAGGGAUCCGGUCGCUGCGGACACUGGAGCUGCGGGUCAAGCGGCAGAGCGCCACAGCGACGGCGUUGGUGGCCUGGUUUUCGGCGCAGCUAGCUGAGGCUUCUGGCCCUGUUGCAGCGGUAGUCGAGCGCGUGCAGCAUGCAAGUCUGCAGCCUGGGGCCGCGGAUGAGACGAGCUGGCUGCGGCAGCAGAUGCCGGGUGGGUACGGCCCCGUGUUCGCGCUGUGGAUGAAGGACAGCGAGGGUGCCAAAAGGCUGCCGAGCAAGCUAAGGCUGUUCGAUCACGCGACGAGUCUCGGCGGCGUGGAGAGUCUCAUUGAGUGGAGGGCGAUGAUGGACCCCAAUGUUGACCGUAGGCUACUGAGGGUCAGUAUAGGAGUCGAGGGGUUGGAGGAUCUGAAGCAGGACUUGCUCCAGGGGCUAGAGGCACUUGAGACAGAGAAUAGCACAAGAUGA